AUUAACCAACUAAAUUAAACAGUAUGUUGUGAGAUGAAAAAGCCGCCCAGGGACCUACUAAUUAGAAUAUAUUAAAAAUGCCUCCAAAGAAGUGUUACUGCCCAGUCACCCAUGUCAUCUUUGAUUGCGAUGGAACCUUGAUAGAUAGCGAAAGCGCAUACUUAGAAGCCGCUCAAGAGUGUUUAUCUCCAUUUGGAAAAACAUAUAGUAAAGCCGAUCAGGCGAUGCAUAUGGGAAUGCCAACAAAUGAAUUUGCUCAUCAUAUCGUCAAGCAGUUAAAUCUUCCGAUUAAACCAAAGGCUUUCCAGGAACUGUUCGAGGCAACAGCUAUGAAAAAUAUGGGAAAAAUUUGUCUACUUCCAGGUGUCAGGGAUUUAGUUCUGCACUUGCACGAAUAUCGGAUACCCUUUUGUAUAGCAACAAGUUCCUCUAAGGAAUUGUUUAGAAUGAAGGCCAAGUCAUUCAACGAUAUCAUUAUGGCUUUCCAUCAUGUUGUCUGUGGCGAUGAUCCGGAAUUGAGGAAGGGUAGAGGAAAACCACAUCCGGAUAUCUUCCUUCUAGCCGCCUCGCGAUUCAAUCCGCCUGCGGAUCCAAAAAAGUGCCUUAUAUUCGAAGAUGCUCCAGUUGGUCUAAUGGGUGGGAAAUCAGCUGGGUCUCAAGUGGUCUUUAUACCCCCGGCACAUGUUACCAAACAGCAAAAGACGGGUGCCACUUUGGUACUCAAAUCGAUGGCGAACUUCAAGCCCGAGCUAUUUGGACUGCCACCCUUUGACAGCUGCUCCAAAUUCGAGUUUGGCUAACAUCCCUAGCACUCUAAAUUCAUCUCUCAACAUAUGUAUUUUUUAGAUUUAAAAAACAAAAAAUAAAUCUAAAAUUAAAGGCUAC